AUGCCUCUGCAGUGGUUCUACUACUCUUUGAUGCUCUGUGGGCUUAUGAGCCUUGCCUUUUCUUUCAAAGAAGCAGCAGUUGCAACACCUACAAGGGGCUGCUCGGAAGUGGAACGGGACGCCCUUCUCGGUUUCAAAGCGAACGUCAAAGAUCCUUCCCACCGUUUGGCCUCGUGGUCUCCACAAAUAGACUGUUGCAAAUGGAGUGGCGUUGUAUGCAAGACGACCAACAACGCAAGUUUGUUCGGAGGCCAGCAUGUGGUGGAGCUCAACCUUCAAAAUCCAAAUGUUGAUAAUGAGCAAACUUUCCAUACGGCUCUGCGAGGUGAGAUACUGAGUCCUUCUUUGUUGAACUUGACUCGGUUGGAGCGGUUGAAUCUAAGUUGGAAUGACUUCGAAGGCACUCAAAUUCCACAAUUCAUUGGCUCAUUUUUGAAUCUCAAGUAUCUUGAGCUUUAUUGGUCCAAUUUUACUGGAGGAAUUCCUUCUCAACUUGGCAAUUUGUCGAGCCUCCGCCAUCUUGGUUUGCAGUCAGGAUGGAGUGCAGCUUCAAUUGCCCCUCGUUUGGAUUGGCUCUCAGGGCUCUCUUCUUUGAGGUACCUCGACCUUACAUAUGUGAAUCUCAGUACAGUCUCUCAAAAUUGGUUGUCGGAGGUCAACAUGCUUCCUUCCCUGCAAGAAUUAUAUUUGUUCGGCUGUAAUCUGAAUCACAUCCCCUCUUCAUUUAAUUCUCAUCUCAAUCUCAGUACUUCUCUCGAAAUUCUUGACCUUGAUGCUAAUCGCUUCUCCUCCUCCUCCUUGCCCAACUGGCUGUGGCGACUCACUAAUCUCUCAUUGCUUAGAAUUGAUGCUUCAGGACUGAUACCUGCUGGAAUCAGUAACCUAACUAGACUAACUCAACUUGAUAUUUCUGGCAACAUAUCUAGUCCCCUACCUGUUGAAAUCUGGACACUGAAUCAUCUAAUACGACUUGACCUUGCCUUCAAUGAAAUGCUAACAGGGCCUAUACCAUCAAAAAUUUCACAACAAAUAGGUAGUAACUUCAUACCUUCAUACAACUUAAUCCUUUCAAAUAAUCACAUCAAUGGGAGCAUACCAUCUUUCAUUUGCAAAUGGGAGCAACUGAACGGUUUGGAUUUAUCCUACAACAAAUUAUCUGGAGAGAUACCCAAGUGUUGGCAAAAAGCAAAUACGAACCUUGACUUUAUUCACUUGGGAAACAAUAAGCUCACUGGUGAAAUUCCUAGCUCCAUUGGAAACUUGAUUGGAUUGGCGUCUUUGCAUUUGGACAAAAAUGAUCUCGGCGGACAACUUCCAUUGUCAUUGCGAAAUUGCACUGGACUACAGGUCAUUGAUUUCACAGGCAAUAACUUUUGGGGAAGUAUACCUAUGUGGAUUGGACAAAGUUUGCAGCAAUUGACUGUUCUCAUAUUACGGUCAAAUAAGUUUUCUGGCAUUAUUCCUUCAAACCUCGGAGAACUGAGCAAUCUUCAAAUUCUUGACCUCGCCAAUAACAAGUUAAGUGGGUCUAUACCAUAUUCCUUUGGCAAUUUCAGUGCAAUAAAAUCAACAUCAAGAGAAAUGGAGGACACAAUUUCAAUUGGAGGAUCAAUCACAUAUAUUGAAUAUGGAGAAAGUGAUAGUAUAUCAGUAGUUACAAAGGGAUAUGAAUAUGUCUUUUCAUCUAUUCUCUAUUUGGUGAAGCUUAUAGAUCUUUCAAACAAUAGUCUUACAGGUGUUAUUCCUCAAGAUUUGUCAAGAUUGACUGCUUUGCACCAUUUAAACCUCUCUUACAAUAAUUUAUCGGGGAAUAUUCCUUCCGGGUAUCAACUUCAGACACUUCAAGAUGCUUCCAUUUAUAUAGGCAAUGCUCAUCUAUGUGGGGCUUUGAUUAACAAGAGUUGCUCUAAUGAUGUCGGCAAUAAUGUCACAAAGGAAGAGUUGCAAAAGAUGGAUGCAGACAGGACUUCAGCAUCACCAGGUCGUCUUCCGGCGAAGACGAGUGGAUUUCUGAAACAGAAUCGAGUCAAAGAGACAAAGACGAAUGAGGCCAUUAUUUUCACUAACGGAAUUGUAGUACCUUUCCAGAAGCCUUCUCAAGUGCAUGCUGCCACCAUUUCCAAAACUGAUGUUCUCUUUCCAAGUUGUCGACCUCUACGAAUCCCCGACGCAAGGUUGGAUUUUGUAAAUAGAAUUGGGAAACUGGACAAUCUAAGGGGGUUUGGAUUUGUGACAUUUACUUCUAGUGAAGAAGCCUCUACUGCCAUUAGUGGCAUGGAUGGAAAGGAUGUUCAUGGUCGGAUGGUUAGAGUUAAUUAUGCUACUGUUCGAACGGAUGGAUUUUGUGGUGGUGGUGGUGGUUAUGGUGGCGGGGGUGGUGCUUUUGGAGGUGUCUAUGGUGGUUAUGGUGGUGUUGCUCUUACUGAAUAG